UGCGGGCUUAUUGCUACUGUAGUUACUUGUCACUGUCCUGCUCACAAGGCGCAGAUAUCCAACUUGACCUGACCUGGUGUAAUCCACAAAGUCAUUUUUGCUUUGGUCAACAAAGUCUCCACCGAUCACUUCAUCUCUCUUCGUCCUCUCGGGCGCUCAUCCGCUUGUGUGACAGGAGCCUCUGCGCGCUUUCAAACCCGAGGAAUUACAAUACGUUAAUGUUGCGGUGAGCAAGCGUUGUGGGAGGACUCUGUGGAUGACAGCCUGUUCACUGGAAGGCAGAGAGACGAAUAAAAUCCCCCGGAGAAGCUCAUGCACGACUCCAGCUAUACGGAAUCCCGAUUUGUUUAGCCUAUACCGGGCACUAAGGAGCACCGUUGCGCACCGUCUUUACGCACAACCAAAGAACGGACUUGGGGGGCAUCUGUCUGUCACCACCAUGUCAGCCGCAACAGCUUCAAUAGCAGAUGUGUCCAGGACUGAUCUUACAAACAAAGAUGACAGCCGUGGCCGGAAUAAGUCAGGUCAGGCUCAGUGCACACCCAUGACCCUGCCAGCCCUGGGCACCCAGAAGAUCAUCCAGGGCAAUGGCACGACUGUGGGCACGGUCAUUUCCCUGCAGUGCCCAGCCCAACACAAACUGGUUGGAAGUGAGCUGAAGUGUGUCAUGGGCAGCAACAGCACCCACUGGGUGGGGGAGAAUUACUGUAAACCUCUGACUCCAUACGAGGACUAUGGUUUCCGUGUGGCUGUGCUGGCAUCCAUCGUAAGCUUGGGCAUAAUCUUCUUCAUGUCCGUGGCCUUCAUCACCUGCUGUUUGCUCGACUGCAUCAAAGAGGACAAAAGGAAAAAGCAUGAGAGGGAGUCAGAUAUGUGGCAGUGGGAGGAGCAGGCCCAACAUCAGGCGGAGAACAGGUCUCGCUACAACCAUAAAGGCAGGAACAACAACAACAACAACACCCAGGAGAAGGUGCUUUCACUGUGGGACACUGCUAACCCAGCCAUGUGUGACAACAUGCGAAACUGCAGGUGUCAUCAGCAGUGCGCCUAUGGUCCGGCCGGCACAUAUGGCCCCACUCAUCCGCUUCCUACUCUCCCCGGCUAUGACUACAACCAGCCUCUCUUACACCCAGAAUCUGCACAGAUCUCUGGUGCACCUGAAUACAACGGACCUUCUUCGUCCUCCACUCAAACUACUAACCCAGGCCUGCAGAUCUCAGCCAUGGGGCCUGUUGCAGUGUGGCAGUAUGGAGGACAGCGGAGCAGUUUUACAGGAGCGAACCCAUCAACUACCGAUGAGUCCAACACGAGGAAUAUAAACCCUGCCAAAGAAUUUUCAAUUCGGAUUAUAUCAGUGUGAGGUGAAUACCAACAGUCAAAAAACUUGGUUACUGGCCAAAAGUGUUGAUGUGUACGCUGAGGACUAUGGAAAAUAAUAACUGAACAUUCCUGAUCUUGUUGAAAAUAUUAAGUCUGCAGUUCUGCACAGUAUGAAUGCUCUAUUUGCAUAAUGAUGCACAGACUCAUGUGCCUUUUGUCAACUGUAAUGGCACACUGCCCUCUGUCUGAAAAGGGAAGCCAUUGCACUUUCAGCACACCGGCCUUGUUGGACGAUAACCCUUGUAAUUCUGAAUGUCAAGGGAAUUUCAUGCCCUUAAAUGAGCUUUUCAGAAACAUGUCAAUUUUUUUAUGUUUUGGUUAAUGUUAACUAUUAAGGAGUUUAUUGGGACAGGGUUAAAAAAAUUAAAAAAACAUUGUAGGCAACUGAGGAAGUAACUCAUGGAACUCAUGUCAGGACUGGAAGGUAUUGGGUGGGAGGAGAGCAGCUGGAAAGCCCUGGACUCUAUGUAAAUACUGUAUGAUUUUUUUUUAAGAAUGUAAAUAAAUUUAAGACUUCUAACGAUAA